GAAACCCUAAAAUCCAAAAUCUUUUAAAUCUUGACUAAUUUAACAAAAGUCAAAAUUCCUUCAUUUUCCUGUUUUCCUCUCUCUCAACCUGGAUGCCGUGCGGAACUGCGGACGGCGGAGGAGCCGUGGAGUGACGACGUGAGCCAGACCGGCGGUGGAUUGCGGACUGCUGAGUUGAGGAUCAAAUGAAAAAAAUUGUCAAGAUCACUAGCAUCUCAAACAUGCUGCAUCUUCAAUACCUACUGCUCUAAGUGAGCAACUCAAAACCAAUUCCCAAAUGGAACUUGUGGGUCAUUCCAUUAAUAUGUGCAUUCUAGAAAAUGAUAUCGUGUAAAAGUUGAAAUUUUGGAAAUGUUGGUAACUCUUGAACAAUGUUUCUGUCUCCGAGUUGGUUGUUGAUAAUGCCCCCAUUUUGCUCAGAAUCUUUAGAGAAGAUCUGAAACUUUGUCUAUUGAACCAUCAAGGCGUUAGACUGGCCUCCGGAUACCUGUAAAUCUGUAAUAACUAUGGCUGGCUCAAUGGCUCGAAUCAGGAGAUUUUUCUUUCCUUUGCUUGUCAAGCCAUUUUCUCCCCCCUCCCUCUCACAUGGCCAGCCAAUUUUAAGAUACUCAAACCCCAUUGUGGAUCUCUCAAGGCCAAGACUAGUGAAUCUUUUUUCUCCACUAAAUAUUGGGUGGGGUCUGAGGAACUUUAGUCAUGGGACUGUGAAUUUUGUGAUAUCUUCAGAUGGGAAGCCGAAAUUCGAGACCCUUGAAACAGAUCCCCCAAAGAAGGAAAAAUGGAUGACAAAGAGGCGACUGAAGCAGCAGAGAAAGAGAGAGAAGCAGAAGAGGAAAUCUGCCAAUAAGAGAGAUCCCAGAAGGCUGGGAGUUAAAGGUAAGAAGAAAAAGCAGAAGUUUGCUACUGCCGAAGAAAGAAUUAAGCAGAAGAUUGAAAAUGCAAAAAUUAAGGAGGCUUUGCUCAUUGAGAGACUAAAGCGAUAUGAGGUUCCCAAAGUUCAAGGUCCUCAAGUUAUGCCACAUGAACUCACUGGGGAAGAAAGGUUUUAUAUCAAAAGAAUGGCCCAAAAAAAGUCAAAUUAUGUUCCGAUUGGUAGAAGGGGUGUGUUUGGAGGUGUUAUUCUUAAUAUGCAUCUCCAUUGGAAAAAGCAUGAAACUGUUAAGGUCUAUUGCAAGCCUUGUAAACCUGGUCAAGUCCAAGACUAUGCCAGUGAAAUUGCCAGACUGAGUGGUGGAAUUCCAAUUCAGAUAAUUGGUGAUGAUACCAUAGUUUUCUAUCGAGGAAAGGAUUAUGUGCAACCAGAAGUGAUGUCACCGAUUGAUACAUUAUCCAAGAAAAGGGCAUUGGAAAAAUCCAAGUAUGAGCAGUCACUUGAGUCUGUAAGACGCUUUAUUGCCAUUGCUGAGAAGGAGCUUGAACUUUAUUACAGACAUGUUGCUCUCUAUGGUGAUCCCAGUGAUCGGAACCCCCAUUCUAUACUUAACAACUCUAUGAACAAAGAAGAGAGAAAGAAAAUCAAUGUGAGAAAGGAAGCUUCUUCAACAGCAAACAAAUGCUUUCAUGAAUCAGAGAUAUUUGCAGAUUACUCUGGUCAGGAGCUGUCUGACUAUGAUGAUGGUUUGGAUGAAGCCCAGCUGGCAAGUGAAGUAGAAUCUGAGGGUGAUGAGAGAUGUUCUCCUGGUGCAAAGACUAUCAUGUGCCGAGCUUCUAGGACAUACUGUCACCAUGAUUACACCAUAAAUUUUUGCUGAUUUCUUCUCUAUCCCAUAUAAAUAUAUAAUUACCUGAUCCUGCCUUCUUUCUGUUCUUCUCCAAGUACCUGAUCUUUCUUUCCUUAAAAGUACGAUACAGUUACCUAUCACUCACCAAUGGCUGUAUUGAAAGUAUUUCUUUAUCUUUAUUCUUGUCCAUAACAAUCUAGUUUUUAUUUAAUUGAUUUCCUUGAAAAAAAAAAAUCUUUUGUUUGCUUUUAGAUUCAUAGAACAAUUUCUUCAUAGCAAGCUCUGAAUAGCAUUUAACUGUGGGAGAAGAUACAAGAACUGAAUCGUUAUUCUGGGCUAAACAUUUAUUUCUGGGAAAUAACAUGCUUUUGAAUGAUAGCUCAUGUCUGUUGAUAAAGCUCAUGCUUUUUACACAUAGAGAACUUAGAAUGAUUACUAUUCUUCAUUUCAGUAUCAUUUGCAGAUAAGUAUCACAUGUUCAUGUGUUAAUAUUUAAUUGCUGGUCAAGUUUUGAAAUGUUUGAAGAAAUAGCCAUGAUACCCUUAUUUAAACAUGAAAUUAUCCAUUUCCAGCCUUUCCUUUUAUCAUAAAAUGCCAAAAUACAAAUUUCAUACCCAUCUUGUCGAUGAUUUUUAUUUUUACAAAUUUACAAUCAAUAAGAACAUCACACACAAUUGCAUUGUUUCUUUAGUUUGCAAAUUAAAUCAAACCAGUUCAAACUAUUGGUUAUGAUGUGAUGGCUUGUGAUUGGAACCAGAUGUUGAAGCUGUUGUGUCCAUAACCAGAGCCGGAGGAUGUUUUUGUACAGCUUUCAUGAUAGAACUGUGACCAACUUUUUCACUCUUUCUGAUUUCUUCAUCAAUAUGAAUAUCUUCAUCAAUGGUUAGAAAAGUAGUUUUUGUGCCAUGCGGACCUGGGACAAUUGCUUCAUGAACUUCCAUAUGCUCAUCCACCUUUACUACAUCACUUUCUUGAAUCAUCCUCUUCUUUCUCUUUUUGAUAAAGCAGCACAGGGCUACAGAGAGAAAUGCAAGAAAGAACAGACCACCGAGUGAGACAAAAACAAUGAUGAUGACAUGAGAAUGGUGUCCAGGUGG